GUUUGCUGUGAGGCUUCUCUUCUUCAGACCCAGAAGAAAGCGGGGACGUGACGGAGCUGGGGAAUUGUUGGGAGACUACAAAAUCACCGAAAAUACAGCUUAUAAUACCAUCACUGUUGCUCCAGCGUACCUGUCACAUAUAUAUUUUUUUUAUUAAAUAUAUAUAUCCACAUUUGAACUAAUACGCAAGUAUGUCCUGGCAAGGCUACGUGGAUAACCUGAUGGCCGAUGGCAGCUGCCAGGACUCCGCCAUUGUUGGGUAUACGGACGCCAAAUAUGUCUGGGCAUCGUUUCCCGGUGGUACAUUUGUUAACAUAACGGUUGACGAAAUCGACAUCAUUGUAGGUAAGGACCGAGAAGCGUUCUUCUGUGGUGGGCUGACCCUAGGCCAAAAGAAAUGCUCUGUCAUCAGAGACAGCCUCCACGCCGACGGGGACUGGACAAUGGACAUCAGGACAAAGAGUCAAGGAGGAGAGCCCACAUACAACGUUUCCAUAGGCAAAGCCGGCAAAGCGUUGGUUUUAGUCAUGGGGAAGGAAGGUGUCCAUGGAGGACAGCUCAACAAGAAAGCGUAUACAAUGGCUGACUACCUGAGGAAGUCUGGAUACUAAAGCAGCAUCGGCCCAGCCACCUAGCAGUUCACCCAUAACACACUCUUCCAGUUUUAGUUGGUAGUUGCUUGCUUUUCUCCCCAGACCCUCCUAUUGUCCCCCCCUUUUUUGUUUUUUUCCCCCCUUUUCUCUUGUUCUUUCCCAGUCAUCUUGAUGCAUUCACACUGUACUCAAUUCCAUUCUAGCACUGUUGCACCAUAGUUACAAAAAAAAUGAGCAUGUUGUUAACAGGACAUUGUGACAAAUCUAUACUUGUAAAAAAAAAAACUGAAAAAAAAAACUUGCACCAUUCUGGCCAAUGCUCCGUGGAAAAAUAUAAUAAUAAAAAAAAACUCUAAUAAAGUGAAGGAAACCUAAAUUGAUGAACUGACAUUUCGUGUGAUGGUGCCCCGGAAGUUCACUCUUGAGCAGCCGAUGCCUUUGGAGCACUUGAGCUGUAACCAAGCUCAUUGUCUUCCUUUUCUAGAGCAUGUUUUUGGGGGCGGUGGGGGCCGCAUGCAUAUCUUUGAGCCUACUGAAAUCCUGUUGUUCCCUCUGCCCCCUCCCUGUAACUCCUGCCAAAUGUCUGUAGCUCCUUCCCCCUCUUCCUGUUUGUCCAUAGGUGACACUACAUCAGUACACGGAAGGAACACUCAUCCAUUAACCAAUCACUACACCCUAAACUCCCCUUUAUCUCCCUCUCUGAGCCACACUACUCUGUACCGGAUGGGGUUUUUUUUGGGGGGGGGGGUUGCGCUUCAAUGCAGUCAUGGCAGACUAUCAGUUUUGGUAUUGAUUGAGUCAGAAGGCAAAAUCGACAUUGUUGAUGCAGGCAGAAUCUCUUCCAUGUCCUCUUCAUGACCACCUUGACUACAUGAACCCCCAUCAUGGACAUUCCAUCGUUACAAUGGCUCAGACACUUAAAACUGUUUGCCAGCUCCUGUAAUACAUUUCCUUGUUUUUUUUUUAAAGGCUGCCAUUUUGGACAGUAGAUAUAUAUCCAGUUUGACAUUUUUCAUAGGACCAAUUUUAGUCACAGCUUUGGGUAUAUAUACAAUCGCUCUAAAUCAUUGUGAAGGAUGCCUUCUAGCCUCAUCUUUCCCACUGAAGGCAAAACAACACUAAUGUAAAACCACAUCGUUCUGUUGAAGGCAAACGGGAGGGAGGGUUUGCUGUGGAUGAAAUCGAGCAGUCAACAUUUGUAAACUUCAUAUUUUUUUUUUAUUAAAGAAAUGAAUUACAGCAUUUCUAAACCCAUGCUGUGUGAAGAAAUGACUGUGGAAUAAAUGGCCUUGUACUCGUGUUCAACUAAGAUAUGGUAUCAAACUUUCUUUUCAAGCUCUGUACUUAAUGUAAUGUCCAAUUUGAAAAGACCCUAAAAAAAUAAAGUAGGAAUUACACAAUUUAAAUGGGAGAUGGGCUUGGUUGGAAUAAGAACUCUUUGUCUUGUGGAAACUUGUAUACCAAAGUUGUGUAUCCUGUACCAUAAUGUUGAAACAUCGAUUUCUAUUGUAUGAUGGAUUUUUAACAGCUGCCCAGGAAGGAGUCAUUUCAUUGGCACUUUUUUUUUUCUCUCAUUUUUUUCCUUUCUCAUCAGUGCCAAUGUUCAGGCCUUGUGGGAUGUGUGUACGACUUAACCUUCAUUUGCUGAGUUUCUUUCCCGACACUCCUUUUUCUAACACUUGGGAUACAGUCUCUUAACACUUCAUAUGCAUAAACCAAGAAAUGCCAUAAAUUAAUUUAUCACCUUGUUUACAGACAGAUCAAAUAAAUAAAUUCCAAGCAGA